AUGUCUUUGCGUCGCUCUACCCGAGUGGCAAAUACAAGCAUUGCAACUACGUCUGACCUUGCACUUCCAGCUAAGAAACGCUCAGCAGAACGCGCAGAUGACAGCACAACCACCAAGAAAGUCAGACCUAACAAGUCAAAGCCUGUCUCACCAACAGAGGACGAGGAAGCCGUCUUCAAAAAGCCCGCUGCCCCGGCCACCCCGCUCCGCAAACGCCGCGCCGCCGCCCCAGACACCACUGUUCCACCGCUAACCCCGACACCUUCCCUUGUCAACGUCCUCCGCGCCCCCUACAGCAGCGGCGACAUCGAUGACAGCACGCCGCCAUCGGACGACCGCCCCGUCGAGCCGCACAUUACCAAUGCCACCCUCGUUACCCCGGGCGGCACCCAAUCCGUCGCCUACACCAACGGUCUGCCGGAUUCCUCCCCCUCCAAGACCGGCCUGCCGCGGCCCAUAGGCACCACCGGCUCCCUCCUGGACCAAGCCUGCGCGCACCUGACCAAAGUCGAUCCACGCAUGGCGCCCAUCAUCGCCGCGCACCCCUGCAACGUCUUCUCCUCCGCCGGCCUGGCCGAGCAGAUUGACCCUUUCCGCUCCCUGGCCAGUGGCAUCAUGGGCCAGCAGGUCAGUGGCGCGGCAGCCAAGUCGAUCAAGAACAAGUUUGUCGCGCUGUUCAACGACGAUGUCACCAAGGUUCCGGUCUGGCCAACGCCUACCGUGGUAGCAGCGACGCCGAUUCCGAGGUUACGCUUGGCGGGGCUGUCGGAGCGGAAGGCUGAGUACAUUCAGGGACUGGCACAAAAGUUCAGGGAUGGGGAGCUGACCAAUGAGAUGCUGAUGAGGGCAAGUGACGAGGAAGUCAUGGAGCGGUUGAUCGCUGUGAGGGGCCUAGGGAAGUGGAGUGUAGAAAUGUUUGCUUGUUUCGGGCUGAAGCGUUUGGAUAUUCUGUCGACAGGUGACCUGGGGGUGCAGCGGGGCAUGGCUGCCUUCUUUGGGAAAGACGUCAAAAAACUGAAGGCGAAGGGUGGGGGCAAGUGGAAGUAUAUGAGCGAACAGGACAUGCUCGACAAGUCGGCACCGUUCGCUCCGUACAGGAGCUUGUUUAUGUGGUACAUGUGGCGCGUUGAAGACGUGGACGUGGAUGUGUUGCAACAGUAA